AUGAGUGGGAGGCACUUUGUGACAGUGCAGGUUCGUGCUGCAUCGAAGUGUGUGGCCAGAGCCCCCGUCCGAGGUUUCUCGGCCGCGUAUACUCGGAGACAAACACCUUCAUCUACGACUGAGCAGGACGCCAGCGCCAAAGAAGAUGAGAAAGAUGCAAAUACUUCCAAAGACCAAAAAGAAGAAAGCGCAAUGUCCCGACGUCUGUCCCAAAUGACCGAAGAUGCGAUGCUGGAAGGAGGACAGUCUGCGCGCCGCAACAUGGAGCAGGCGGGAUUUUCGGAAGAGCUGAAAAAGCAGCUGGAAGAACGAAUGGCGGCCGCUUCAUUCAAAAGCGAGCAUGCCGCUGCUCAUUCGAUUCUGGAUAUGCCGGCGAGUGCCGGCGCAGGUACACGCGAUAUCGCUGGAUCGACUGCGUGGACAGGGUCAGAAAGUCUACACGACUCCGCUCUGCGCAUGCUCGACGACGCAAGCAAACCGAUCCGAGCCCCCUACAAGAUCCCCCAACCGGUCAACCUCCAACCAGCCCCGAAAGCCAAACGAACACCCGGCCGCCGCUUAGCAGAUGCAAAAGAGCGCACCUCUACAUACACACUCAGCCAAGCGCCAGGCUUCUCGCAAGAAGAACGAGAGUCACUGCGCCAAGAGAUGAAAGAAAAAUUAACACCGGGAGCACACUCGGUGCCCAUCUCGAUCCACGGCCUCUCUUCAUUAGCCAACGAGCGCAUCGAAGACGCAAUUGCGCGCGGCCAGUUCCGCAAGAUCAAGCGCGGGAAGGGUGUCAAUACCGAGACUGAUCGUAAUGCGAACAGCGCAUUUAUUGAUACGACGGAAUACUUUAUGAAUAAGAUCAUCCAGAAACAGGAGAUCGUACCCCCGUGGAUUGAGAAGCAGCAGGAGCUUGCCAUGGAGCUCAGCCGCUUCCGACAGCGCCUUCGCAGCGAGUGGCGGAGACAUGCGGCACGGCUGAUUGCCAGCAAGGGCGGCUCGUUGGAGGCGCAGAUGAGACGGGCGAUGGGAUAUGCUGCGGCCGAGGUUCGGUUGGCAGAGCAAGCCAAGCUGAAGAAGUCUCUGUCGGAAGAUGUUACUGAGGCGACCGCCGAGCCCAACAAAGAUGGUUCAUCAGUUUCCACCGACGAAGCCGGCGAAUCGAGUGUUGGCAGGGCAUCCCCAGACGAGAUCGCCCAUCUCCCGCCCCUUCGGGAUCCCGAUUACCUCGCCAUCGAAAGGUCCUACCACGAGCUGGCGGUGGAGCAUUUGAACAAGCUCACACGCUCCUACAACCUCCAAGCACCACGCUCGGCACAGAAACCGUAUAUUAGCCUCGAGCGUGAGCUCAAAUCCUGCUAUGCCGACAUCGCACCCCAAUUGGCCGAGGAGAUCAAACGACGGUCUACCGAGCGAACUACCAGCUCGACACUGCCCGCUCGACCCGCCUCGUCGAGUGCGGCGGGCUCCUUUAGUCUGGGCCAGACCUCGCCCGUGGCCGACGAGGAUCAGGGCAAUAACUACGGGAUGAAGGAGUUCUGGCGGGAUCUCUUUUCGAAAUAG